GUAGACCACGAAUUCCUCAGCGCUCCUGAAAUCACAGACCUCUCUCUCGCCUCUGUUACCGGCACACAUUCAUCGAACUCCUCCUCGCAGCAGACGUUUGAACGAAGCCGCUUUCCAGAAGGAUGUUGCGAAGUGCUCCCUUCCUUGUACUGCUGGCCGUAGCGCUCUGUCAAACCGAGGAGGUGCAGACUAAGAGUAAGGUUUGUGCCAAUGUGUUCUGUGGCGCAGGAAGAGAGUGUGCAGUCACUGAGAAGGGAGAACCCAGCUGCUUGUGUAUAGAGAGCUGUAAGCCCCACAAGCGUUCAGUGUGUGGCAGUAACGGUAAGACAUACCGCAACCACUGUGAGCUCCACCGAGACGCAUGUCUCACCGGCCUCAAGAUCCAGGUGGCCCACGACGGACACUGCCAGGAACUACGACAAUGGUGACUCCCAGCUGGACUCCUCAGAGCUCCUUAAGUUCAUCCAACAUAAUGACUCCAACGUGGACAUGCAGUCAUACGCAGACCAGGAGAGCAACAAGCUGCUCAGGAGCCUGUGUGUGGAUGCCCUGAUCGAGAUGUCCGAUGAGAACACUGACUGGAAGCUGAGCUUCGAUGAGUUCCUCAACUGCCUGAAGCCCGGCUUCAACCCACCUGAGAAGAAGUGUGCUCUGGAGGAUGAGACCUAUAAGGAUGGGGCUGAGACACAGGUGGAGUGUAACCGCUGUGUGUGUGCCUGCGGCAACUGGGUCUGCACCGCCAUGACCUGCAAUGAUAAGACAGCGGUCGUCGAGGAGACCGGGGAGGCAGGGCAGGAGAUGGCCGAGGAGGAAUGGAGCCUCCGUGUGGCCGAGCUCAACAAGCACCAGGAAACAGUGGAGAAGAUGAAGGCCAGCACAAAGGAGGCCUAAGAUGCCUAAAGAAGGAGGCCUAAGAUGCCUAAAGAAGGAGGGUGUGAAGGAAAGAGAGAGAGAAAAAAUACUUCACUCUUCUUCCAUUCUUGAUAAGGCCCUGUGCUGUUGCUGAAUUUACUCAUAUGUUAAUUAUUAUAGCUUUUUGUUUAUGUGUGUUAGAUGCAGGGCAGUCAAGAGUAUUAUUUGCGGAGUUUCUUGAGUUAAGUACUGUCUUCAUGUUCAAUUGUUUUACUGCACCCCUGCACUAGGAAUGGGGCCAUUUUUACUGCUGACUUUUUAAAUAUUGUUUUUCUAUCUAUACAUUAUAAACACAGUAUUUGUUGUUAUGGCUUUUUUUUGUAAAAUAGCAAGCGGUAAAUGGUUGGCGAUGAGAAAAAUGUGAGAUGUUUGGAGUGAACUGUUGGGACACCUUUCUCCAUCAAGGAAAUAAAAUCACCUUUAAAGUCCUUCCAGAUGUGUUAGAGAAAUGUUGAGCAAGACAAUGAUAGUGUCUCAUUGUAGGGGAAGGGGAUGUCUUACUUGAUACUACUUGACCAAUGCACUUCUCCCUCCAUGACUAGCAGCAUAGUUUCAGGCCUUAGUGGAUUGUCCCGUUUAGUUAGAAUCCUUUGCUUUUUGACAAAUGUGUUUGCUUCUAUGUACAAUUUGUUAUGUCCUWGAUUUGGAGAUCAUAUGUGAUUGCAAUGGCUCCUGUGCUGUAUUCCGUCGACUCUCUCUGGUGCUUGUUUUAGAAACAUUGAAGCGUAGAUUGUAGAAUGAAAGCAACAAGCACCAAGCACAGAGCUGAGUACAGCAUGGGGAGAACUAAAACCAAAGCCUGACGAUGACUAUGAUGUUGAUGUACGAACCCCUCCAGGCAAAGCAUUUCUCUGGACCCAGCAACAACACUAUACCUGUGCUUGUCAAAGAUCAGUCAUAAGGAUUAGCCUCGCUGUCAACUAAUGUAGCUUAGAUGCAUCUCUAACUCAGAGUGCAUGCUUAUAUGAAAUAAUGUGUGUCUGUAAUGAAGGAGUGUUUUUGAGAGAGUGCGUACUGCCUACAAGUGUGUGGUGGUGUGUCAUAUUUGUUUUGUUAUGUUUUAUUUGUCAAAGUCCCACUUAUCUUGAGAAUCGUUUCUGGUUAUAUCAGUGCCUUAAAACCCAAACAUAGGCCUGCAGACAUACACCGUAGAGGUCUCGUGUCCUGCAACCUUUAAACCACAAUUGGAAUGGGCAAGACUGUUCUUGGCAGAAUUUUGGUAUAGAUUUUGGAGCUAUGUGGUUUAGUCCUUGUUAAAUGUUUGUGUAAAAGUUGAAUAGCUAGGUUAAAACUAGGUUUAUAUUCUAAAAGGAAUGCAGAGUCUAUAAUGAAUAUGUAUGUCAAUAAAAUAAAACCCAUACAGUAUUA